ACCGAUCCUCGGAACCUGCGCGGUGAACAACUGUGCGGUCUGUGUGAACUGACUGUGAACGACCUAGCCACCCAUCCACCCAACAGCAUUCGAUUGUCCUUCAUUUGACUCCUCUGCCCAAGCCAAGUGGUUGUGUUCCUCCUUUACUGAAAAAUAAUUACUCUAAAUCAACAUGUCUAACAUUGGAAUCAACGGAUUUGGCCGUAUUGGUCGUUUGGUCUUGAGAGCCUCCUUGGAACGUGGAGCCAAGGUUGUUGCCAUCAAUGACCCCUUCAUUGGUCUAGACUACAUGAUCUACUUGUUCAAGUAUGAUUCCACCCACGGACGCUUCAAGGGUGAGGUCAAGGCUGAGGGAGACUUCUUGAUUGUCAACGGAAACAAAAUCCACGUUUUCUCUGAACGUGACCCCAAGGCCAUUCCAUGGAGCAAGGCUGGUGCCGAAUACGUUGUAGAAUCCACUGGUGUGUUCACAACCAUCGACAAGGCCUCCGCUCACUUGGAAGGUGGUGCCAAGAAAGUCAUCAUCUCUGCCCCAAGUGCUGACGCACCCAUGUUCGUCGUCGGUGUCAACCUUGAAGCAUACGACCCCUCUUACAAAGUCAUUUCCAAUGCAUCAUGCACAACCAACUGCUUGGCUCCUCUCGCCAAGGUCAUCCACGACAACUUUGAAAUUGUUGAGGGUCUGAUGACCACUGUUCACGCCACAACCGCCACACAAAAGACUGUUGAUGGCCCAUCUGGAAAAUUAUGGCGUGAUGGCAGAGGUGCUGCCCAAAACAUCAUUCCAGCUGCCACUGGUGCAGCCAAAGCUGUAGGAAAAGUCAUUCCCUCUUUGAAUGGAAAACUCACUGGUAUGGCUUUCCGUGUUCCUGUCGCCAAUGUCUCAGUCGUUGACUUGACAGUUCGAUUGGGCAAAGAUGCAACCUACGAUGAAAUCAAAGCUAAGGUCAAGGCCGCAGCUGAGGGUCCACUGAAGGGUAUCUUAGGUUACACCGAGGAUGAUGUUGUAUCCUCUGAUUUCAUCGGUGACACCCAGUCCUCCAUCUUUGACGCCAAGGCUGGAAUCUCUCUUAACAACAAAUUCGUGAAACUUAUCUCUUGGUACGAUAACGAGUAUGGUUACUCCAGCAGAGUCAUAGAUCUGAUCAAGUACAUCCAGACCAAGGAUUGAACGCCUGCAAUAACUUCAUUUCAUCACUUUUUUAAUUGUGUGGUUUUAUAAACCUUACCCCAUCGUCGUUUAUGUGCGCCUCCUGUUUUAAUUGUUUUACAAUCCAUGAAGAUACAACUUUCUGUCUCACAUUAGAUGUGAAGUUCCAUUUAUUAUAAAUUGUAUCUUAGAUACGUGUUUAUUUGUUGUUAAGCCCAUUUUUUUUUCAUCCAAUGAAACUGUACUUUCAAAAAUUAAGAAUCUGUGAAUCAAUA